AUGGAACAAAGAAAACGAUCACAAAACAACCAUAAUAAUGAUUACCACAAUAUCAAACGGAUAAAAAUAAGAAUACCACAAAAUUUGCGAAGUAACUGUUUAACAAGAGAUUCCAUUACUACUUUUGAAGAUCUCUCCAAUGAACUUAUUUAUGAAAUAUUUGAAUAUCUCGAUUUUUAUCAUGUAUUUGAAACUUUUUACGAUCUCAAUAAACGAUUUCAAGAUCUUUUUAUUCAUUCAAAUCUUUCAAUUAAAAUUAACAUUUCAUCUAUAUCAAAAUCUAAAUGUCAACGUUAUUUAACACAUUUUAUCAUGCAUCAAACUCAUCGAAUUAAAACAUUACGACUAUCAAAUCCAUUUGCAACUGAUAUGACUUUGUUAUUAUUUCCAAUAAUAACAAAUUUAACUCGACUUGAAUCAUUAAUUAUAACUAAUAUUGAAUCGAAGUAUAUUAAACAAAUUAUAAAUCAUUUAUCUUCUUUACCUAUGUUAUCCUUAUUAAUCAUUAUAUCUAUUGAUACUAUUAAAAAUCAAAAUGGUAUUUAUCAAAAAAUAUUUCGUUUACCUGCAUUGAAGUAUUGUCAAAUGUUCUUUAAUAUAUUACGAGAGCGAAAACAUUUGCAUUUACCUACAAAUGAAUUCAGUCUUAUCGAACAUCUUGUCAUUAACGAUCAGAUUUUGAUUAAUCAACUUGAUAAUUUAUUAUCAUGUGUUCCUCAAUUACGUCGUUUAUCAUUGAACAAUUUAUAUGGGUUUUCACACGAUCGAACAUUGACGAAAUCGAUUACUUUAAAUUAUUUGACACAUGUGUCUCUUAGAUUGUAUGCAGUUCAUUUUGAAGAUUUUGAAUCAAUAACUAAAGAUUUUUUUCAUAAAGUUGAAAUUUUACGUAUUUAUGUACGUUGUCAAUCGGUUCAUUUAUCGAAUACAGAAUAUUUAAAUGGUAAUCGUUGGGAGCGAUUAAUAUCAACUCAUAUGUUAAAUCUACGUAUCUUUGAUUUUCAACAUCAAGAUCACAUAUAUGAUUAUAAAGAUGAUACAUUAACAUAUGAAACUCACAUCAAUAUGUUCAAUUCAUCAUUUUGGAUAAAACGACAAUGGUUCUUUGAAAGUCAAUGGUAUACGAAGAAACAUUAUGGUAUUCUCACUUUCUAUUCGACAAAUCCAUAUAGGAGAAAAUAUUAUGAUUUGUGUCGUAUCUUAGGAGAAAAUGUUGAACUUCAUGGUCUUGAAACUAUAGAUAAUCGAGCUCAACAUAUUUGUAUCCAUGAUACAAAUGCUAUGGAAACAUUCAUGGGUAACUUUCGAAAUGCUACUGAAUUAACUCUCUUCGAAACGUUUAAUAUAUGUCGUAAUUCGAUUGUAACAGAUCUCAAUCGUAUUAUUCCUUUAAAACAACUCUCUACACUAUCUCUUGACUACCAUCAUUUAUCUUUUAAGAAAGUAAUCGAACUACUUGGUUCUACGCCACGUCUUCAUACACUGAAACUUAAUUCGAUAUCACUUUUUCGGUUAGAUCCUGCUUCGAUUCAACAAAAUCCAAUAUUUUCAAUCGUAUCCAUCACGAAUACUAUAAAAAAUGUGACACUUAAUCAAAACAUUACAUUAGAAAAACUUGAAUUAAUGAUUAAUCUUGUUCCUCGAUUAGAAUAUCUUACAAUUAAUUUAAAUGAGCAAGAUUUGAAAUCUGUAACACGAUUUUUAUUAUCGAACCGUGAUAAAAAUACUCGUCAUUUAUCUUUAUUAUGUAUUUCAAAACAUCAUAAACAUAUGGUAGAGAAUAUGAGACUUCUGAUCCAAAAAGAAAAACUUCUUGAUGACUUCACUAUAAAAGUUCCAACAUCUUUUGUUGGUCUUCUUGCUCGAUGUCAAUCAGCAAAAGCACGCCUUGAUUAUGAAUGGGGUAUAAAAACAGUUUAUAUGGAUGAUUAUCCAUUAUUAUUAGAUGCUGCUGCUACUGGUCUUCGUAUAACUCAUUCACCAGCAACAGCUAAAGAUGAAUUAAAUGCAUUUUUUCAUGAACGUAUGCCAGGUGCAUGUGAUGAAAUAGCAAAUAAAAUUACAAAUCUUGAUCCAAAUCUUCAAAGUAUAUUAUUAGCUCAAUUACAAUGCAAUUUAUUUAUUGACAAAUAA